AUGGAUAAGUCCCAAAACGGAGAAGAUAAUCAACAACUCAACCUCUCUGCUAAUGCUUCUAUUUGUGGUUACGACUCCCUUCACCGUCUUCUAAAGGAUAAUCUCAAACCUCAUCACUUCCAGGAAGUCAAUCGUUUGCUUACUGGGCUUAAUUGUGGAAAAGUACUUGAAACAAUUGCUCUCCCAGAAUCUGUUACUACUCUCUCUGUGGAUCAUGGUUUUGAUGUCCAGGCUUUCUGCUUUCAUGCUGAAAAAGAACUAUUAAGGGAACCUCGAGUUGUGAGGGUUGGUUUGAUUCAGAAUUCUAUUUCCCUCCCAACAACUGCUCACUUUGCGGAACAAAAAAAGGCUAUCUUUGAGAAACUAAAGCCAAUCAUUGACGCUGCUGGUUCAUCAGGGGUCAACAUAUUAUGCUUACAAGAAGCAUGGAUGAUGCCAUUUGGCUUUUGUACACGAGAAAAGAAGUGGUGUGAAUUUGCAGAACCUGCCGAUGGGGAAUCAACGAGAUUUUUGCAAAGCUUUGCGUUAAAGUAUAACAUGGUGAUCAUAAGCCCAAUUCUUGAGAGGGAUAUUAACCACGGAGAGGUUAUUUGGAACACUGCCGUUGUGAUUGGGAAUCACGGCAAUAUAAUUGGAAAACACAGGAAGAACCAUAUACCAAGAGUUGGGGACUUCAAUGAAAGCACAUAUUAUAUGGAAGGAAACACGGGUCAUCCUGUAUUUGAAACAGCAUUUGGAAAGAUUGCCAUUAAUAUAUGUUAUGGUAGGCACCAUCCUUUGAAUUGGUUAACUUUUGGCUUGAACGGUGCAGAAAUUGUUUUCAACCCUUCUGCUACUGUUGGUGAACUCAGCGAACCAAUGUGGCCAGUAGAGGCACGUAACGCUGCAAUAGCAAAUAGUUACUUUGUUGCAUCAAUUAAUCGGGUCGGGACUGAGAUUUUCCCCAAUCCAUUUACUUCUGGUGAUGGCAAGCCAGCACAUGCAGAUUUUGGACAUUUUUAUGGGUCAAGUUAUAUUUCAGCACCAGAUGCAUCCUGCACACCGUCUUUAUCACGUAACAGGGAUGGCUUAUUAAUAACAGACAUGGACCUUAACUUGUGUAGGCAGUACAAAGACAAGUGGUGUUUCAGAAUGACUGCACGAUAUGAGAUGUAUGCGGAGACGCUUGCUCAGUAUGUGAAACCAGAAUUUGAGCCUCAAGUCAUCAGCGACCCUUUGCUUCAUAAGAGAUCCUCAUGACCUGUGCUAUAAAGUAUUGAUAUGUCUUCACUGCAUUCGUUCCAAACUGUUCUAUCUCAAAUAAAGUUUCAAUAUUCUGAUUGAUGAAUUAAAAUUCAGCUCUCAGUAGACUAUCAAGAACAGGGUUCAUAUAUAUAUAAAUAAAAUGAAUCUGAAAUGAUUUUCCUUUGUUUUAAUUAUUAACGCGUGUUCAUCUUCAUUGUAGCA